UUCCGCUCCGGUUGCCUCAUCUAUGCCUCAUCCUCUCUCUCUUCCUCCUCCUCUUCCUUCUCCUCCUCCUCUUCGUCAGGCGGCUUUUUAACGUCAUUUUUAACCGUCACAUGCGACAACAGCCUGAGCAUCUCGCUUACAUUUCAAUUUGGCCGGGAACAUGAAGAUGGCUGCAGCUAAACAGCAGCUUCUCGUUGGCGUGUUUUGAGUGACUCGGUCCUGUUGUCUUCCUCAGAGAAACUGCCUGCUUCAGGCUGAGUUUUCAGGAAUGAAGACAGAUCCACAAACAUUGAUAAAUAAUUUUAAAGCCAGCAUCUCAUUACCUUGCUAUCAAGAUUUCCAACACAGAUUUUCAAAUGAAAAUGGAGGAUAUGCCCCUGUCAGGCCCAGACAACACCAAGCUGGAGGCCUUGGUCCAUGAGAUCUACUCUGAGCUGGUGGAAGAUGCCUGUUUGGGCCUGUGUUUUGAAGUCCAUCGGGCUGUGAAACAGGGACAUUUCUUCUUGGAUGAAACGGACCAAGAGAGCAUGAAGGAGUUUGAAAUUGUGGACCAACCAGGAGUGGACAUCUUUGGGCAGGUUUACAACCAGUGGAAGAACAAAGAGUGCGAGUGUCCAAACUGCAAAAGACUGAUAGCAGCUUCUCGCUUCGCUCCACACUUGGAGAAAUGCCUCGGCAUGGGACGCAACAGCAGUCGAAUCGCCAGCCGCAGGCUAGCCACUAAUAAUAAUAUGAACAAAUCAGAGAGUGACCAGGAAGACAAUGAUGACCUUAAUGAUAACGAUUGGUCGUAUGGGGCAGAAAAAAAAGCAAAGAAGAGAAAGGCAGAUAAGAAUCAAAAUUCCCCCAGAAGAUCCAAAUCCCUAAAACACAAAAAUGGUGAUCUCGGGAGCAGCAUCACCUCAGAGCCCUACAAGUAUAACUACAACACUGGCAUCAGUUAUGAAACAUUAGGGCCUGAUGAAGUCAGAUCCCUCUUAACAACACAAUGUGGGGUGAUCUCCGAGCACACCAAGAAGAUGUGUACCAGGUCUCAGCGAUGUCCCCAGCACACGGACGAACAGAGGAGGGCCGUCAGGUUGUUCCUCCUGGGGCCGUCCGCGUCGUCGCUGCCCGAUGCAGAUGCAGUGACGGAGAGCGACAACUUUGAGCUUCCAGACGGACAGACCCUGAUGAGCCGCCUGCAGUGGGAAGACUCUCCUGAUAUCUCACCCACAGACUCUGCCUCCUCCAAAGCCAGCACCAACCAUUCAGACUCGAGGAAGCCGAAGAAGAAGAGGACGUCUCUCGGUUUGAACAGCGGAGGAGGAAGUCUGACUGGAGGCUGCAGCAGCAGCAGCGGCAGCUCUCAGAAUAAUAUCAACUUGUCGACCAAAAAGAAGAGGCCCAAACUCUCAGCACCUUCUAUCUCAAGUAUCUAUGAUGAUUUAAACUAGCAACAGCCUGUUUGUCAGGCCAGUCCCUCCCUUCACUCAGGAUGGGAUUCAACAUGACUUAGCAGUAGCCUUAACACAAGGCUUCUCCAUUUUACUGAAGAUUCAUUCUGUUUUAAGAACACAGUGCUGUUGAAAGCUGAGUCAGUCACUUGGUGUCAGACUCCAGUCCGAGUGUCUGUGGGUGAUAAACAGGGAAAUUCUACAAAACAUACAUUCUGCUUUUUCAGGAACUUGAACAGUUCUGUAACCACAGACACCUGCUGUUACCCGAAGGUGGAAAUCAGGACGACUUGACAAUAGGCCCUUUCACCAACACACAGUACUGAAUGAGUCCCAGGACUUAAUUAUUAAAGAAAAUUAUCAAUAAGCUCAGACGUAAUUGGUUCUAUUGUCCGUACUUAGAAAUUAGAUAAACAGAUUUCCUAUUUCUUAUUCCAACAUAAGUCAUCCUGCACUUUUAUCUCAUUAACUCGACUUCUGAUGCAACAUUGAUCUAUGUGAGCGGAGGGGGCUGCUUUCCCACUCACCUGCACACACAGAAACAUGUCAUCUACACAGAGGCGCUGCUCUUAGGUGCAAAUUAUAAUGCCGGAUGGAAAUAAAUAUUCAGACGUGUGGCUUCAUUUAAAUUGAUGCUAACGAUACUUGUUGCCACAAGUGGAACAAAUCAUUUGGCUUUGAGGACAGAAACAUGAGAAAUGCGUCCAAACACCAAAAGUGUUUUAGAUGGCUCAUAAUUCCUCUGCCUCUCUAUGUUGGCCUGUGUAGAUCAUGAGUUAACUAAAUGAUAGGUGAUGGUUGCUAAGGGUGCUUCUCGAAAUUCAACCUGAACUGGUUUUAUCGUUUCAGUUUCAGAUCAGUGCAGAUAAAGAGAAGGUCAGGGGAGUUUGGAAAGUAUUGGUCAAAUUGAUAAAUUAAUUGGUUAUUUAGUUUGAAAUAAUGAAACACAAACAAAUGUUUUAACCAAAGGAGGGGAACGGGGCGGCAAAAGAGAGAACUAUAGAUCGCAGUGUCAGAAACUAGUUCCCUGAGAAGUCAAAACAAAAACCUAAGUACCUUCUCUACUACAAACAACACAUUCAGAACAGCAACCUUGUUUCUAACAGAAAAUUCGAAAAGAAUAAGCUGUGAGCUUCCACACAUCGUGUUUUACAUCUCAGAGAAACUUGAAUAUGUGAGGUAGCGGCGCCAGCUACCAUAACAAUAUUUGACUUAGAAGUAAAGUGCCUCAUCACUGACAGCGUUUACUGAUGCACUUAUAUGAUCGACAGCCUCUGUUGACAGCAGUAAGAAAAGAGAGCGCAGACUUAAGAUGCCCACCUACUUAUUUACCUUUUUAACUAAAAACUAUUUAAAAAAAAAACAUGUUUAACGUCAAUAACGUCCAAACAAUUGAAGUCUUAACUGUGGCAUUCUGAAACCUUCAGAUUCUCUUCGGUGACGACCUACUGACGUGUCCUUUUGCUUUUAAUUCAACACUUGACAUACGGGAGUACUCCUUGGUGGCUUUGUGAUUCUAGCAUUGUAUUGCACAGUUUGUGUGAGUGUGUGUGUGUGUGCACCUCUUUAUGCUGAAUCUAAUUCAGUGAGAAUGUCACCUUUUAGUGUGUGUGUGGUUAGAGGCUGCGUGUGAGUGUAAUCAUUUAUAUUUUCACAAAACUAUGCAUCCUAGAAUGUGACAUUUUUUGUGAAAGUGUGUGCCAUUUUAAAAAAAAAAAAAAAAAAAAAAAAAUGCUUUUCUGUUUACAUCUUUAAUUUAUUUAAGUUUUCCUUUAUCACUGCCUAUUAAGUGAUGUGUAUAUUAUUUGUGUGUAAAAGCAGAUUGUGAUAUUUGACGUGCCUUUAGGCUUUUAGGGCACAUGUACAAUACAUGUAUGUAUGAUUUGAGUCGGUAUUUGAAUCAUUAAUCGGAAGUAAAUUCUUUCUUUCUUG